AUGAGCAACCAAUCAAACCCCGGAGAUAAGGAGAGAGUGGAGCUUCUUAGCGAUGAGACCACCCACCUUGUCAUGCAGAUUCUCAUGUACGGCGUCACGCCCACUAUCUCCACCCUUGGGGUUCUGGGUAAUGUAUUCAGCAUCAUCGUCUUACUAAAGCAUGGACUGCACAAAUGCUCCAACAUUCUGCUGUUUUGCCUUGCUGUCUGCGACUUCGUCUAUCUCAUCGCUUUCAACAGCGUCCCUAAACUUUUGUACGAGUUAUCUGGCGUAGCGUUCGCCUGGGAUUACAACGAGGUGACCGCCCAUAUCUUAUUUGUCCUCUACACGUUAUUUCAUUUUCUCGACUACGCGAUCGGGUUGUCUUCUCUAGCUAUCCCCAUGUUGAUCACGGCUGAGAGACUUGUUGCUGUGUUCCUGCCUAUGAAGUUCUCAAGGAUCAUUACACCUGCGAGAACAUGGACAGCUGUGGCCAUCAUAUGCUUGUUUUGGAUCGUUUUGAUUUUCUACUCUUCACUUUGGUUUCAGUUCAAGUACGUUUUUGAUCCGAAACGUAACAUAUCGAUGGGCAUAACCAUACGAUCAGAUCGAUAUUAUCAAGAAAGAGACGUGAGCAAAGCGCUUGACGAUGUGAUAGAGUACCUCACUCUAAAAAUACCUCCUGCGUUCACACUGAUUGGUUGUGUGAUCAUUGCUGUGAAGAUCAAAAUGGCGUCUGCUAAGAGAAGAAAAAUGACGUCGAGCGGAGCGAAAGAAACGAAGUCGAACCGCACGAACAAAAUGCUCCUGUCUGUGUGUGCAGUAUACACCAUGACGUGUGCGAUCGUUUCCUUACCCAACUAUCUGCCCCAGUAUGGUUACUACACCAUGACUGGAGACGCCCCGAACAAUGUCGGUCGUAUUGGUUACCAGGUUAUGAACGUUGUCGGUUGUACCAACAGUUCCUGUAAUUUCAUUGUGUAUGUCGGGCUGAACAAAAAUUUCAGGGACACUUGGAAGUCGCUGUUCACUCCUUGUGGUUACAGAGAAAAAGUACCCAAGGAAAGAAUGUGA